AUGCUAUUCAGCCUUUUGCCCCUCUACGAGGUCUUGGCAAGAAUAGGCAGAAGGGCGGGUAUUGCAGAUUUCAUCGUAGUGCCUCCAAGCUCGACCAGGGCCUGCCGCCCGAGUCUGAUGCUAUCAUGCCACGAACACGAGCGCGACGGAGUAUCUCGAGCAGAGGAGUACGUGAGGAAGGUGUUUUUGCUACGAAGCGAAGAUGCUUACGUCCACGAAUACGAUCUGACUGCUUCAGGGAUUAACACGGGCAAAGAUAUCAUAGGCCGCCCUGCCCGCUGCAUCCACCCGGGCACAGGGAGUAAGCCAAAGGACGUGCAUUCUGCGGAACCUAAACACUAUUUCCCGUCCGUCCCGUUGGAGGCCAAAUCGUCUCUUGCCCCGACCACUUCGUCUCUGCCUCCAGGUCUGCUCAUCCCUGCUUCCCAUCACCAUACCUUACUUCAGCUGCUCUUCGGUCCGAACUAUCGCCAGUUCAGCUCUUUUGCGCAACUGGUAUCUCCCAACGGCCCAAUAAGCAGCGCCAAUUGCAAGAACAGCUUCUGUCUGUCACUGCUGGCGAAUCACGUCCAGUUUCAGGACACUAAUCGGCCAGCUCUACUCCAAACCAGCAGCGCUACGGCGCAUCAUAUUGCGACCCCCGGUCAAGCUGAGCUGAACAUACAGUACCUACCUAUCCGUAGGUACGAAGUACCUUGCUCGCGCCGACUCGGCAUGCAUCCCGCGACGAGACAUUCAGAAUCCCACCCAGCCAACCGUUGCAACGCCCUUUCCUUGGCCGUAGGUCAGCCCAGCUCCAAAAGAGCCCCAUUUUACAUGCAAGUAACGGCCCUCCCAAGCCUUCCAAGACGGCUCUGUACCCCGGAACACGCGUACAUGAAGCCCGCCGAGGGGCUCUAA